AUGGCGGAGACACUGAACGCCCGGGAUUUCCUCUGUCCGCAAGAAUACUAUGAUAGUUUACAGAACGAGGCCGGGGACUCUUUAUGGGACAAAUUCAAGGAUAUCGAUGACAAAUCGCAUUUCGGCGAAUACAUGCAACUCCUGUCGAAUUCUCAAACGAUCAAUUUCGCCUUGGAUUUUGGAAACGAUGAUGCUUUUUGUGCGCCCAACUUGAAUAGUGAAGAGUUCCAACUCCUCGUCAGCCGACCGCGAGCGAGUCGUUUAGCAACGCGGUGGAUACACAUCUGGAACCCGCAGCAGCAAAAGGCAGCGAUCAAGGCAAUCACCACACCAUAUGGGGUCUCAGAACGAUUACAGGGCUUGAUGUGCACAGACCCAGUCCCGCAUCCUCCCAAGAGCCCCAAGCUGGCUAAAAAGUCACAGCCGGAUAUUACGGUCAUGGAGGCGCCGGAGUUUGAACUCGAUGACAUCGAGAGCCAGUCGAGCGCGAAGGAGAAGUUCGAGACGUCCGCAUUUCAGGGCCUGACGUUUGCGCAUGUCACGGAUCAAAUCUGGCAUUUCUCUUCGGUGGAUCAUGGCCCACGCUAUACGUGCAUUGGCUAUAAUACAUUAUUUGUUGCUCCAGGGGUCCCCGUGGAUAACGGCCAGGACCUUCCGGAGGGCACGCGACUCUGGACUUGGCUGGUUUUAUGUGAUGAUGGAACGGUGAUAUCAAUACAGGAAGAUCCACUUCCACAGCUACAAGAUCUGGAAGAAAAAGACCAACAAAUGGUAAUCAAGGUCGUGCGACGAAACAUCCUAUCGAUCGUCUCCGGUAUCUCAAAGCAGCACGCCAACACGUCUGAGAGCGAGUCGUUGGUGACAGUUCGAGUUCGGCAUUUCAACGAUGCUGGACCUGACCAGGCAAAUAUCAAGCCAGAGGACGGCCCCAGUCUGCUUUUAUACUACAUUUUUGACGACUGGGUAUCGAGUUUUGGGCUGGUCGCCAAACGACAGCACAAAUAUGGACGGGCGUUAGAGCGAUUGAGAGGGCAAAUGCUAGACCGCCCAAUUGUUGACCUGGUGAACGAGCUACACUGGCUGGGUCGGCGGCUCGGUGUGCUCAAGCGGCUGUACCAGAGUUACGAGCUUAUCAUGCGACGACUGUUGCAGCGGCAAGGUUCGGUGCGCGAGGAGGCCCGCGGACCCAAUCUGCCGCCGGUGACAUCGAGCAAUUCUUAUCCCGAGAGUGAAUUCGCCAACGUACAACGACGAGCGAGUGUUGCCAGCCACAGCGGGGCCCCGGCGAGGAACCCGAAGCUUGUCGGAGUAUCACUCAGUUCGGCAGCCGUGGGCCGAUUUGAGCGACUGGUCGAUCGAAUUAAUUUAUACUGUUUGAGUGAGAUUGACACCUGUCUCCUGGAGAAGGAGUCCUUGACAUUCCUGAACUUUAACUUGAUCGCUCUCAAGGACUCCCAAGCUGUUGAGAAGUUGACACGGAUCACCAUCUUGUUAGCUAAGGCAACCAUGUUAUUCCUGCCAGUCAGUUUGAUGACCGCGUAUUUUUCGACUGAGUUGCAGGGGGUCAAGGGCGGAUACACCAAGUUAGAUUACUGGGCAUCCUUUGCGGUGAUCUUUGUUGUGACGCUAGCGGUGUUGACCAUCUUUGGGUUUGCCAGCGACACAGUGGAGGGCAAGACAAUCUAUCGGUCGUUGAUCAAGACAUUUUUCCAGCGAUCCCGACAGCGAAUCUCACAGCAACGACGAGGAGGCGGGCACGAUUGA